AUGGAGGUUGUGGGUCGAGCACGAAUGUCGGUGGCUUUGGGUGAUUCGUUUGGUGGUUAUGGCGUUGUUCUUUUCGUGGCUCCCGGUUGCUCACUUCGCCGAUUUAGGUGGAUUUGGUGUUCUUUUGGAUUCUCGUUUGCGGGUUUAGGGACAUGGGGAGAGAAGGAAAGACAAACGAUCCUUGUCUCAACGCUUGCUCCAAACAAUACUGAAUUUAUUGAAGGCAUAAUGGGCCAUGAACACUCAAUCCUAGAAUACAAAAGCACCUCCAAGAUGAGGCUAGCACACAUAACAACAUCUCCUCCAAAUCCAAGUCAUUUUACCAUUCUUGUCCGUUCAAUUCCAUAUUCAUUGGAAGAAUCAUACAGUAAUUCU